AUGUCUCCAAACAUAGCGACCAUUGUACCUUCACAAGAAAAUGAAAAUGAGUACGAAAAGCUUGUACCUCCUCAGGCAUCGGAGAGAAAAUACGAAAUUAUCUACUUUAAUAUCUUCACGUUUACUUUUGCACACUUAUCUGCGCUGUACGGCGUGUACUUGUGCUUUACCAGCGCGAAACGGGAGAGCUUAAUAUUAGGUUACAUAAUAGCAGUGUUAGCAGGAUUUGGAGUAACAGCCGGAGCACACCGCCUGUGGACCCACAGGACAUACAAAGCCAAAAUGCCCCUACAAAUCCUACUCAUGUUAUUCUACAGUUUUGCCUACCAAAAUUCAGCCGUACAUUGGAUCAGAGAUCAUAGAUUGCACCAUAAGUACAGCGAUACUGAUGCCGACCCGCAUAAUGCCACGAGGGGCUUCUUCUACUCACAUAUGGGAUGGUUAUUGGUAAAGAAACACCCUGAAGUUAAGAGGAGAGGGAGAUCCUUAGAUAUGUCGGAUAUUUACAGUAAUCGGGUCUUGAUGUUUCAGAAGAAAUACGCAAUACCGAUCACGGGAACCAUCUGUUUUGUUAUCCCCACUCUCCUACCGAUGUACUUAUGGGGGGAGUCCUUCAAAAAUGCUUGGCAUAUCACAAUACUGAGAUACAUCAUUACGCUCCACAUGGCAUUCUUAGUGAACAGCGCUGCGCACAUCUGGGGGUACAAGCCUUACGACAAACGGAUUCUGCCAACGCAAAAUCUUUUCGUGUCAUUCAUGGCUUUCGGAGAAGGAUUCCACAACUAUCACCACGUGUUUCCUUGGGACUAUAGGACGGCAGAGCUUGGGAACAAUUACUUGAAUCUGACGACCAUGUUCAUAGAUUUUUUCGCUUGGUUAGGUUGGGCCUAUGAUCUGAAGUCAGUGCCUGUCAGUCUUGCCGAGAGCCGAGCUAGAAAGACGGGAGACGGAACUGGUUUGUGGGGCUGGGGAGAUAAAGAUAUGAGCGAGGAUCUCAAAAGACAAACUGUCGGGGAGAAUUGAAGGAAAUUACAUUAUUGUUCGUUUAUUUAUUUGGUGGUUUUAAUUUUAUUUUUAAAAUGGCCCA